UGGCCGGCAUGGCGGGGAGCCCAGACAUGGCGGCGCUGGAGGACACCUUCCGCAAGUUCGCCAUCUAUGGGGACACCAAAGCGGCGGGGCACGAGAUGAAUGGGAAAAACUGGGCCAAACUGUGCAAGGACUGUAAAGUCAUGGACGGCAAAGGGGUCACCAGCACGGACGUGGACAUCGUCUUCUCCAAAGUGAAAGGGAAGACCGCCAGAGUCAUUAGUUACGAGGAGUUCAAGAAGGCCCUGGAGGAGCUGGCCCCAAAGAGGUUUAAGGGCAAGAGCGCGGAGGAAGCGUACGAGUCCAUCUGCCAGCUGGUGGCAGGGAAGGAACCGACUAACGUGGGCGUCACAAAAGCCGCGACAGGGGGGGCGUUGGACAGGCUGACGGACACCAGCAAGUACACGGGCUCGCACAAGGAGCGCUUCGACGAGAGCGGCAAGGGCCAAGGGGAGAGCGGGCGGGAGGACAUCUACAAGCACGCCGGCACCUACGACGCCAAAGUGAAGAAAUAGGGACACCUGGAAGUGCCACCGACCCUCCUCGGCCUCUGGGCCUUCAAUCACAUCAGCCCUGGGAACCGGCCGCCUGCAGACUAGGCCGGGCCCAGCUCCUAGCCACGGCGUCACGGCGAGUCGGCCUCUGGUCACCACGGGCUGAUGUGAUUAGAACCUGACCUGGCCUUGCACUUUGCUCCCAAUGUUACAUCCACUCCGGAUGUAUUGUGAACCGAGCCCCUCCUGCUCGCACUAACGAGACCUCCUUCCCUUGUGUUAUAGGGGCACCAAGCCCCUCCUGCUCGCACUAACGAGACCUCCUCCCCUUGUGCGCCCGGGGCACCGAGCCCCUCCUGCUCGCACUAACGAGACCUCCUCCCCUUAUGCUCCCAGGGCACCGAGCCCCUCCUCCUCGCACUAACGAGACCUCCCCCUCUUGUGCCCCCACGACACCGAGCCCCUCCUGCUCUCACUAACGAGACCUCCUCCCCUUGUGCCCCCAGGGCACCGAGCCCCUCCUGCUCGCACUAACGAGACCUCCUCCCCUUGUGCCCCCAGGGCACUGAGCCUCUUCUGCUGCCUUCUCCCCUGAACACUCCUAGGCCCUCCUGCUAGUGCCAAGAGAUCUUCUUAGCUCAGUGCCCCUCCCGGGGUCGCCGCAUUCCCCCCUCUAGUUACACCGAGGCCUUCUCUUACUCAUGCCACCAGGUGCCUGCCUCCGUCCCUUCUGCUGCCGCUACAGAGGCCAAUGUCCCUCGUGCUAGUGACAGGGGGGCCUUCCCCCACUCCCCUGUGUCCCUCCGGCUAAGGCCAGUCUACGCCAGGAGAUCGGAUUGGUCUCACGCUCUCUUGGGGUGUGAGAAACCCACCUCCCGCAGGAUGCACGUCUACUGAGCUACCCCGUUCCCCCAGGCUGCUGUGCCCAGGGAGGCGGCGUACCGAGGCGGAUGGGAGAAGCCCUGCUUGGUAGCGUCUUCCCUGGCCCCACAGCCGCGUGGCUGUGCCCCUCCAGCUUUUAAGUGGCUACCUGCCCUGAGAGUAACAACCCCUCCUCCCUCCCUCAGGGCACCUCCGCCCCGAGCGGGAAAACAGCCCUCUCCCCUCAGGGCACUUGGCUUGUGAUCCUGCAUGCGCCUUCCCUGGAGAGCGGGCCUGUGCGGCGUUUCACCGGCAUCCCGUGGGGCCUGCCGCAGCCCCGGAACCGCCGGUCAGUGUUCAGGAGACGCCUGCCUUCUUGGUGGAGCCACAGCCAAAGGCCUUCCUGCUCUGUCAGCUGGCUCUGCAAUAAACCUCUCCCCUUUUCUACUAGC